UUAGGUCCAAAACAGACAUCCUCUUUUCUUUUUGUUUUUCUGUGUAGCCGAACUCUACUUCAUCUUCUUCAGUCUUCUGUUUAAUUAGGGUUUAAGUUCCAUCCACAAAAAGGAAAAAAAAGGGUUUAAGGGUUUUAGAGCUGUUCUUCAGAACGAGUUUCAGUUAUCUAAGACGAAAAAUCCCCCAAAUUAGUUAGGGUUUAAGGUUCACCAGUUAUUCUCAGUCAAACAAAUAUGGGGAAGGCAAAGAAAUCACCUAAAUUUGCAGUCAUGAAGAGAUUAAUCAGCUCUAAAAUGAUCAAAAAGACAAAAGAGGAUGUUCUAAACCCUAGAAAGAAAGAUCUUGAGAAGGAAAAAUUACCCAGAAACGUGCCUCAAGUAUCAUCAGCAUUGUUCUUUAAACAUAAUAGUGCAUUGGGUCCUCCUUAUAGGGUUUUGGUUGAUACCAAUUUUAUCAAUUUCUCUAUUCAGAACAAGUUGGAUUUGGAAAAAGCGAUGAUGGAUUGCUUGUAUGCAAAAUGCACUCCUUGCAUUACGGAUUGCGUCAUGGCAGAGCUUGAGAAACUGGGUCAGAAGUACCGAGUAGCUUUGAGGAUUGCAAAGGAUCCUCGGUUUGAGAGACUCCCCUGUACUCACAAAGGAACUUAUGCUGAUGAUUGCCUCGUUGAUAGAGUUACCCAGCACAAGUGCUACAUCGUUGCAACAUGUGAUAGAGAUUUGAAGCGAAGAAUUCGCAAGGUUCCUGGAGUUCCAAUCAUGUACAUCACAAACCAUAAGUACUCGAUCGAGCGACUACCUGAAGCAACCCUUGGUGGAGCUCCGCGAUAUUAAUGACUGAAGAUGAUUCUCUUUGGCGUGAGGAAGGCCAUCACUGUUGUCACCCUUUCCAGGUUUCAGAUGUGCUCAUGAACAACUUGGCAUUUGCUCAUGCGUGAUUAAAAGUUUCAGAUGAUUCUGCUCUUUGGGACAACAGCUUUGUUUCCUGUGGGUUAUUCUUUUCGAUGUAUCAACUACUCGAGAGGAAACAAGAAAACAGUCUUAGCUUCGUAGUCUGUCACUCUGUCUGUCUAUUUGGUUUCAAAAUUGAACUGUUCCACAACUUUAAACUACAAUGUAAUGUGUUUCAUCUUUAUUUAUGUGGAUUUUCUUUCUCUUGCAAA